AUGGGGCGCACAGGGCAGCAGGGCGCACAGGGCAGCAGGGCAGCAGGGCGCGCGGGGCGCACAGGGCUGCAGGGCGCGCAGGGCGCACAGGGCAGCAGGGCAGCAGGGCGCACAGGGCUGCAGGGAAGCAGGGCGCGCGGGGCAAACAGGGCAGCAGGGCGCACAGGGCUGCAGGGCAGCAGGGCGCACAGGGCUGCAGGGCAGCAGGGCGCGCGGGGCGCGCAGGGCGCGCAGGGCAGCAGGACAGCAGGGCGCGCAGGGCGCGCAGGGCUGCAGGGCGCACGGGGCGCAGCAGGGCUGCAGGGCGCGCAGGGCGCGCAGGGCAGCAGCAAGGGCUGUAGCGGCAACAGCAAGGGCUGUAGCGGCAGCAGCAGGGCAGCAGGGCGCACAGGGCUGCAGGGCAGCAGGGCGCACAGGGCUGCAGGGCAGCAGGGCGCGCGGGGCGCGCAGGGCUGCAGGGCGCGCAGGGCGCACAGGGCUGCAGGGCGUGCGGGGCGCACAGGGCAGCAGGUCAGCAGGGCGCACAGGGCUGCAGGGCAGCAGGGCGCGCGGGGCAAACAGGGCAGCAGGGCGCACAGGGCUGCAGGGCAGCAGGGCGCACAGGGCUGCAGGGCAGCAGGGCGCACAGGGCUGCAGGGCAGCAGGGCGCGCGGGGCGCAGCAGGGCUGCAGGGCGCGCGGGGCGCGCAGGGCAGCAGCAAGGGCUGUAGCGGCAACAGCAAGGGCUGUAGCGGCAACAGCAAGGGCUGUAGCGGCAGCAGCAGGGCAGCAGGGCGCACAGGGCUGCAGGGCAGCAGGGCGCACAGGGCUGCAGGGCAGCAGGGCGCGUGGGGCGCGCAGGGCUGCAGGGCGCGCAUGGCGCGCAGGGCAGCAGGACAGCAGGGCGCGAGGGGCAAACAGGGCAGCAGGGCGCACAGGGCUGCAGAUCCCCUUCCCCCCACCGCUGCACCCGCAGCAGGGGGAUGGAGGAGAAAUCCCCUCCCCCCCACUGCUGCACCCGCAGCAGGGGGAUGGGGGGGGGGGGGGGGCUGAUGCUGCAAAUCCCCUCCCCCCACUGCUGCUGCAGAUCUCCCCCCCCCCACUGCUGCACCCGCAGCAGGGGGCCGCGGUUAGGGGCGGCAGGUCGCGAGGGGCCAUGGCUAGGGGCGACGGGGCCAUGGCUAGGGACGGGGCCAGGCACUGGGCAGGUACGGGGCCGGGUGCUGGGCUAGGGACGGGGCCGGGUGCUGGGCAGGUACGGGGCCGGGCGUUGGGCAGGUACGGGGCCGGGCGCUGGGCAGGAACGGGGCCGGGCGCUGGGCAGGUACGGGGCCGGGCGCUGGGCAGGUACGGGGCCGGGCGCUGGGCAGGUACGGGGCCGGGCACUGGCAAGAGACGGGGCCGGGCGCGGGCAGGGUACAUGGCCGGGCGCGGGCGAGGUACAGGGCCAGGCGCUGUCUAG